GUCCUAGGACGACAAGAUCAAGCAAUGAGUUGAGGGAUAAGAUAUGAUUCUGUUUAACAGACAAGGUGAUGGAAAAAGAUGGUCAGCAUAAUCAUUCAGGAUAUUUCCUCAUAGAAGAUACAUUCUACAACGAUCUGAGGGAUCCUUCUGCCUUUUCUUAUAGUGGAUCUAUAUUUGAUUGGCUUAGACAUUCAAGAGAUGAUGCUCUUAAAAACUAUAAAGUGGAGUGUGUCUUAGCUGGAAAAUUUCAAAAGAAGAGAAAAGCAGUUGUUUGCAACAUAACUGGCUCAAAAUUGCCUCAGUUCCAAGGUGAUGAUAUGCACAAGACACAGUUUUGCAACUUGAAAUUUCAACCUGCUGAUAUGUCACCAGCUGACGGCAGACACAGUUGUGAUUAAUGACAUAAGGUUGCUUCAUCCACUCAUCUAGAGGAUAUAC